AUGGCUAUCUCUCACGAAUACUCCCUCAAGGGAACAUCACAUAGCGCCAUGACCCUCGAAGACCGAUUUGAGGUGAUCAAAGAAGUUGGCGAUGGCUCUUUCGGCAGCGUCGUGCUGGCCAGAACACGGACCGCAGGGUCCAAUGUGGCACGUCGUGGAACUAUGGUUGCUAUUAAGACGAUGAAGAAGACAUUCGAGUCGUUUGCUCCAUGCCUGGAACUUCGAGAGGUCAUCUUUCUUCGCACACUUCCUCAUCACACGCACAUUGUCCCCGCCCUGGACAUUUUUCUCGACCCACUAAGCAAGAAGUUGCAUAUCUGCAUGGAGUACAUGGACGGCAAUCUCUACCAAUUGAUGAAAGCACGGGACCACAAGUAUCUCGAAGCAAAGCAUGUGAAGAGCAUUCUCUACCAGAUCAUGUCAGGUCUUGAUCACAUCCAUGCACACAACUUCUUCCACCGCGAUAUCAAACCUGAAAACAUCCUCGUAUCAACUUCUGCGCCGAAUGAUUCUUCGGCCUUUAGCCGCUAUUCGAACUUAGUCACUCCUCCUUCUACGCCUCCUACAUACACUGUCAAGAUUGCCGACUUUGGUCUCGCCCGCGAAACACAUUCGAAAUCCCCAUAUACAACAUAUGUCUCCACCCGGUGGUAUCGGGCUCCAGAGGUGCUGCUGCGUGCCGGUGAAUAUUCAGCCCCUGUUGAUAUCUGGGCUGUGGGUGCUAUGGCAGUUGAGAUCGCCACAUUGAAGCCAUUGUUCCCUGGUGUAAAUGAAGUAGACCAAGUAUGGCGUAUCUGUGAGAUUAUGGGCAGUCCUGGUAACUGGUACACCAAAUCUGGCGCCAAAGUCGGAGGCGGAGAAUGGCGCGAAGGCACCAAGCUUGCACAGAAGCUUGGAUUCACUUUUCCCAAGAUGGCUCCGCAUUCAAUGUCAAGCAUUCUGCAGGGCCCUCAUUGGCCACAGUCGUUGGCCAACUUUGUUACAUGGUGUUUGAUGUGGGAUCCUCGCAACAGACCAACAUCCACUCAAGCCCUCAACCAUGAAUACUUUGCGGACGCAGUGGACCCAUUGAGACCAAAGUCAUCAGCUUCCAGGCUGCUGGGCCGCAAGAUGUCCGAAAAGAGUUUCAAGCCCGCCCCCACCAAGGAGACCACCGAAUUGCCUGCGUUAUCCUCCAAACCUUCGUGGUUCCGAAGAUCAUUGGUACUGCGAACCGACAGCCCUACUCCUCUCCUGGAACCAGAAACAGCUGUACGACCGCCAGCCAUCUCCUACAACACCGUGCCUGAGGUACAAGCCUCCAAAGGUCGCUCGAUCAAGCGAGCAACAUGGGCGAAUGGCGCCCCAAUGCCGAUCCUUCCUUCUAUUAGACCGGUUUCACCUCUUUCAAAUGCAGUCACUGCUCAAGCCAACAGUAGUGUGGCUCAUAACGGUGAUCAAACUCUGGCAGUCCCAGUCGAGGACAUCGGAAAAUCCAAGAAGAUCGGUCGUCAACUUUCCGUUAACUCCCACGGCAAUCACUACGCUGAUAUCCACAGACAGGAGGCAGAACGUGCUCUAAACGGCCUAAGUGGUGGCGCAAACACAUCGACGCAAAAAGAAGGCUUCUUUUCUCAUCUCCGGAAACGUGCUCGAAGACUAUCCGGCCGCAAUCAGGUGGCAGCAGUAGCACCCACAUCCAACUACGACAUUGAAGCCAAUGCAGGCUGCUCCCCGUGGCCUAACCGUUCUUCUGUUGUCUUGGACUCGGGCGUGAUUGACACGAAGACGGGUGAUUUCACUGAGCUGGACAAGACGCUACAGAAUGUGAAAUAUGGCUUGUCUUCGGCAGCCAACCCUCCUCCUCAAAUUACCUCGAUCCCUAACCAGAGUCCCUCUAAGAGACAGUCUGUGCCACAAGUGCCUAUGCGAUCAAUGACUGAGAGCCCAACUCCUAGUGUGGGCGGUCCUAUUUAUGGUCGAACACGGAGAGCUUUGCAGAUGACAUCGCAUCCUGUUCAUCGCUACGAAACUCCAGAAGAGGAGGAUGAGCUGCUGGAUGAAGUUCUUCAUUCAGCCGACAGAGCAGCUAGACACCUUGCACAGCACUACGAUUCUGAGUCUGCUUCACUAUACAAGGAGGACCACCGUCUUGCGCAUUUGGUGAAUGAUUCGACACGCACUCUGAAUCCGUAUCCAACCCCCUCUCCAUCGGCUAAACGCGACGGUGUUUCAUUUGGCGAUAUAGACAACACCCCAGUUAGGCAAAGGGAUGUCACAAAGAUCCCUGAAGACACCUCCAGCCGACAAUGGCCUACUCCGCCAUAUGGAGAGCAGGAAUGGGCUAGCUCAGUUGCCAACAGCAUUCUGUCUGGUUCUACGUACAGGUAG